ACUACUAGUUACCCCAAAAAACGCUUCCUGCUUAAACCCCUUUUCUACCUUGUUUCCUGUCUGAACAAACACAUAAAAUUUCUCUAUAUCACCUAUUUUUUCGCUGGUCUUUACUUGAUCUUAUUGUUUUGCAUUUGGGUUUGUCGGAAAGAUUGGCUAUGCAUGAUUUUAGGCUUCUGGUGUUUGUGAAAACACCAAUGAGAUAAUUUUCACUGUGUCGAGCUGGUACCUGAGGAGAUGGCACAUGGAAGGAUCCGGUCUAAGCUCCGGUGGAGCAGUCUUUACACAUUUGGGUGUAUGAGAUCUCAGUCUCAGGAUGCAGAGCAACCCCAUCAAUUCCAAGGUCCUGGAUAUUCUCGAACAGUAUACUGCAACCAGCCUCGUAUGCACCGCAGGAAGCCUUUUAAGUAUGUCUCAAAUUACAUUUCAACCACAAAGUACAAUAUCAUAACGUUUCUACCCAAGGCUAUUUUUGAGCAGUUCCGUCGAGUAGCCAACCUUUACUUUCUUUUGGCUGCAAGUUUGUCACUUUCACCUGUUACACCAUUUAAAUCUGUUAGUAUGAUUGCCCCUUUGGCCUUUGUUGUCGGUCUCAGUAUGGCAAAGGAGGCGAUGGAAGAUUGGCGGAGAUUUAUUCAGGAUCUAAAAGUUAAUCUGCGAACAGCUAGUGUUCAUAAGGCAAAUGGGGUAUUUACAUAUAAGCCAUGGUUUAAGAUUCAGGUUGGAGAUGUGGUAAAAAUAGAGAAGGAUCAGUUUUUUCCUGCAGAUUUAUUACUUUUAUCAUCUAGUUAUGAAGAUGGGAUCUGUUAUGUGGAGACCAUGAAUUUAGAUGGCGAAACAAACUUAAAGGUUAAAAGAUCUUUGGCGGUAACUUUGCCCCUGUACAACGAAGAUGCUUUCAAGAACUUUUCAGGUACAAUUACAUGCGAAGACCCCAACCCAAACCUCUAUACCUUUGUUGGUAAUCUUGAUCUUAAUCAUCAAAUCUAUCCUCUUGAUCCCAGUCAGAUUCUCCUCAGAGAUUCAAAGCUUAGGAAUACAGCUUAUGUAUAUGGAGUGGUAAUAUAUACCGGCCCUGACAGCAAAGUCAUGCAGAACUCUACGGAAUCUCCUUCCAAAAGAAGCAAGGUUGAAAAGCAGAUGGACAAAAUUAUAUACGUUCUCUUCACCCUUCUUGUUUUGAUCUCAGUAAUUAGCUCAACAGGCUUUGCUGUGAAAACCAAAUACCAGAUGCUAGAUUCGUGGUAUUUACCUGCAGGUGAUAAAGGUUUAUAUAAUCCUAAUGAUCCUGACAGGUCUGGUUUUUAUCAUCUGAUCACUGCUCUGAUCCUUUAUGGAUAUCUAAUACCCAUCUCGCUUUAUGUUUCUAUUGAGGUUGUCAAGGUCCUGCAAGCAAUAUUUAUUAACCAGGAUUUGCACAUGUAUGAUGAAGAGACAGGAACUCCUGCUCAAGCACGGACUUCAAAUCUAAACGAGGAGUUAGGCCAGGUAGACACUAUUCUCUCUGAUAAAACUGGAACUUUGACUUGCAAUCAUAUGGAAUUUCUGAAUUGUUCCAUAGCUGGAACUGCAUAUGGCAUCUCUUCUAGUGAUGUAGAAGUUGCAGCAUCAAAACAGAUGGCGAUGGACCUUAACAAGCAGGAUCAUGAUUUAGCAAAAAAUUAUUUGCACAGUAAUGACACAGGUUUUUUAAACAUUAGUCGUGGUUUUCAUCCAUCAGAAAUUGAGCUUGAGAAUAUUGUUCAUUCUAAGCUUGAAAACCAUCACAAACCUCUAGUCAAAGGGUUUAAUUUUGAGGACAGCCGCAUCACAAAUGGUAAUUGGUCAAAGGAACCCCAUGCAGAGAUACUUUUGUUAUUCCUAAGGACACUUGCCAUUUGCCACACAGCCAUCCCUGAGCUAAUUGAGGAGACUGGCAGCUUUAGUUAUGAAGCAGAGUCACCAGAUGAAGGAGCUUUCCUUGUUGCAGCAAGAGAACUUGGAUUUGAGUUCUGUAAAAGGACUCAAUCAAGCAUUUUUGUGCGUGAAAGACAUCCUUUCUCUACAGGAUACAUUGAAAGGGAGUUUAAACUUCUCAAUCUGCUGGAUUUUACUAGCAAAAGGAAGAGAAUGUCUGUAAUUGUAAGGGAUGAGGAUGGGCAGAUUUUUCUGUUGUGCAAAGGCGCAGACAGCGUCAUCUUUGAGCGGUUAUCAAAGCAUGGAAGUAUGUUUAAGGAAGCUACUACACGACAUUUGACUGAGUAUGGGGAAGCUGGUUUGCGUACACUAGCACUUGCUUACAAGAAGAUUGAGGAGGCCGAAUAUGUUGUUUGGAAUGAGGAGUUUCUUAGAGCAAAAACCUCUAUUGGUGGUAAUAGGGAGAGAAUGCUUGAGCGCAUAUCAGAUAUGAUGGAAAAAAACAUGAUCCUUCUUGGCGCUACUGCUGUAGAGGACAAAUUACAAAAAGGGGUGCCUCAGUGUAUAGAUAAACUAGCUCAAGCUGGUCUCAAGAUAUGGGUUCUAACAGGUGAUAAGAUGGAAACUGCAAUCAAUAUAGGAUUUGCAUGCAGUCUACUUCGACGCGGCAUGAAUCAAAUCUGUAUAGCCGCAAGUGCAGAUAUGCUAGCCCAAGAAACCAAAGAGGUAGUAAAGGAGAACAUUUUGAUGCAACUCACUGAUGCAUCUCAAAUGGUAGAGCUAGAAAAAGAUCCUCAUGCAGCUUUUGCCUUAAUAAUUGAUGGUAAAAUGCUAAGUUAUGUGUUGGAGCCUGAUAUGAAGCAUCAGUUCUUACAUUUAGCAGUUCAAUGCGCCUCUGUGAUAUGCUGUCGUGUCUCUCCUAAGCAGAAGGCUCUGGUAACAAGAUUAGUAAAAGAAGGAACUGGAAAGACCACAUUAGCCAUUGGUGAUGGUGCAAAUGAUGUUGGAAUGAUUCAAGAGGCUGAUAUCGGUGUUGGCAUUAGUGGUGCGGAAGGAAUGCAGGCUGUGAUGUCUAGUGACUUUUCUAUUGCACAGUUCCAGUUUUUGGAGAGACUCUUAGUUGUCCACGGACACUGGUGCUAUAAAAGGAUCGCUCAAAUGAUAUGUUAUUUCUUCUACAAGAAUAUUACCUUCGGGCUUACGCUGUUCUACUUUGAGGCAUUUGCCGGCUUUUCUGGGCAGUCAGUUUAUGAUGAUUGGUAUAUGUUAUUAUUCAAUGCUGUUCUUACGUCAUUGCCUGUCAUCUCACUUGGAGUCUUUGAACAAGAUGUUUCAUCUGAAGUCUGCUUACAUUUUCCAGCAUUGUAUCAGCAAGGACCCAAAAACCUGUUCUUUGACUGGUAUCGGAUAUUUGGAUGGAUGGGAAAUGGAAUCUAUUCUUCCCUUGUGAUCUUCUUGUUCAACAUCUUCAUCUUUUAUGAUCAGGCCUUUCGUAGAGGAGGGGAGACUGCAGACAUGGCAGUUGUCGGCACCAACAUGUUUACCUGCAUCAUUUGGGCUGUCAACUGCCAGAUUGCUCUUACAAUGAGUCAUUUCACAUGGAUACAACACUUGCUGGUUUGGGGAAGCAUCGUAACUUGGUACAUACUUCUAUUUCUAUAUGGCAUGGUAUCGCCUGUUACUUCUCGAAAUGCCUUCAUGAUUUUCAUAGAAGCCCUCGCUCCUGCUCCACUAUACUGGAUCACUACACUGUUGGUAACGACUACAUGUAAUCUCCCCUACUUUGCUCACAUAUCUUUCCAAAGAGAAUUCUUUCCGAUGGAUCAUCACAUCAUCCAAGAAAUCAAGUACUACAGAAAGGACAAAGAAGACGGAAACAUGUGGACAGAAGAGCGGUCCAAAGCGAGACAAGAGACAAAGAUAGGCUUCUCAGCAAGAGUAGAUGCAUCUAUUAGACAGUUGAAAGGGAGAUUACAUAAAAUAUCCUCUCCGAUAUCUCCCAGCUUAUAGUGUCUGCUGUUACAUUGUCAUUAUUCUUUUGCUCCCCGGGACUAACGUAUAUAUAUUUUAUUGGCUUUGGAAUUUUGAUUAAUCAAAUUUUUUCAAGUUGGUAGUGU